AUGGCCGCAAGACCUGCUCUUUUCACUCGCGGGCUCUCCUCGCUGUCCCAAACAUCAGACCCCAACUCGCCGAACGUGGGCUCACCCGCCGAGCAGCGAGACGAUGCCAAGCGGAACUUCUUGAAGGCCAUGAGACCUCUGCCAACUCAGCACUAUUGGAAUGUCUAUUUCGACAGACAGCAGAAAGACCAGAAGAAGGGUGACGACGACCAGUACCAAGUCCAGCUCGAGCAGCUCGGCACCCAGAUCGAGUCCGUCCAAGACUUCUGGAGAUACAACAACAAUACGCCCGUGGACCAGAUCAAGAUGCGCGAGUCUAUCUACCUGUUCAAGCAGGGCUUCAAGCCUAUUUGGGAGGACCGGCGAAAUAUCAACGGAGGGAGCUGGACGUUCCGUGUGCCCAAGAGCACAGGCCCGGACUUUUGGACGAGGGUGCAACUCCUUGCCAUUGGCGAGCAGCUCCAGAGCGCCUUGGCUGAAGGCGACCAGAUCUGCGGCGUGGGACUCUCGGUGCGAUUCAACUCGCACCUCAUCACCAUCUGGCACAGAGAGUCAUCCAUGAAGAAAUCAGUAGACGGUAUCCUGGCAUGCGUGCUGGAGGAGCUCCCGCCCGAGCUCCGCCCGAAGGCGGACAACUACUUCUAUAAGAAGCACUCAGACCAUGCCGGCUUUAAGGCGCCGCCAGAGCUACAGGCCGUUCUGGACUCGCAGAAGGCUCGCGAGGCGGCGGCUGCGGCGGCGGGUUCUUCGACCACUCAAGGGGCCAUGCCACCACCGCCUACUAUCAAGGAGACUCCGGCCGAUGCCGAAUAG